GUACAGUUCUCCGGGCGUCAACGCAAACUUUACAUAACACCGUCACCAAUGUCGCACCGGUACAUGAUGUGGUGUGCUCUGCGUUCGUAUCGAAUCGCGGGCUCGAUCCAGCAUUACAGACCCCAUACUGCCUGCGAUGCCGGUAGUAGGUGCGCUUUCUCGUCACAAGACGCCGGCGAUGGCGAUCCGCCGGCAACGGCCACGGAUCCGCCGUCCAGCAGGAAAACGUUCGUCCGCAACGCGACGAUACUGGUGCAGCAAGGGUGCGACAUUCAGGAGCUACCGGUCGUGGUUCGUAAAAUCGGAGAGGACGAGUUCGUGUCGUUCGUUUCGGAUAAAAUUAUUCGACCUCCUGCGCCAGAACGGGCCAAUGCGAAGGAAGGACUAGACUGCUCCAAACAACAAUCAUCACCCGUUUCGGAGGCCGAAGCAGAGGCAAUCAAAUGCAUCGACAAGUGUCACUCGAUAAAGGGUGUGCUGACGGUCUGGGACGAGUGCCGUGACGGCCCCGGGCCAGACGUGGCCAUUCGGGCGCUGGAGAAGAUUUUAAAGGUGGGCAAUUUGCUCGAACUGAAAGAGCUGGAGGAGGCCAACCGAUUUGAGGGUCUCGUUAACGCCAUCGUGUACCACGCGGACGCCAAAGCCAUUCUCGAUCUGUUGGAUGAGCUGCGAAGCUACCUGGAGCUGCCGAAAACGAUCGAUAUGCUGGGCAAUGAGCUGGUAUACCGGUGCUCCGAGAACACGCUCACAAUCGAAGAGUGUUGCGACGCGAUCGAAGUCCUGACCCAGUGCCGCCGGCCGGAGAUGGUGGAGAAGUUCUGGAGCGGCAUCGCCGACCAGGAAAAGUCCAUCACGGAGCGCAACGUUCACUUUGUGUUCACCAUGUUGCCGUGUCUGAAGGUUAGCCGUCGGGCGGUGUUGGCCGUGUUGGAGCGCCGCAUCACGGUGCUCUGGUGGCAGAUGUCGCCGAACGCCACAAUCGAGGUGCUGCAGUCACUGGUUGUCUGCAAGCUGUCCCCGUAUCGUGUCACGCAAGCACUGGCACGAUGGCUCAACACCAACAUUCACGCGGUGGCCGAAGAUGAGCUGGGCGCAGUGUUGGAGGCGUUCACGAAUCUGGGCUACUCGGAUGCGCAGAUCGAGCGCGCCUUGGAGCGGUACGUGAGGGCGAAGGGCGUCAAAAUUGCGUCGCAAAACCUGAUCGUGACCAUCCUGCAGCACUGCCAGGAGUUCCGGCUGCGCAACGCCCACAUCUUGAACGGGUGCAGUGAGUUUUUUAUCGCCAACUACGCCCUGCUGGAGCCGAGCCACGUGCGCGCCUUCUUCUAUCCGUUCGGGGCGCUCGAUUUUGUGCCCGCCAAUGCGAUCAAGUUCUUCGACACGAUCAACAUGUUUGUCGAUUUGCACUUCGGCAAGAUCCCGCCGACCGAUGUGAUCGACAUCAUGUUUACGUACCUCUGCCUGGAACGCUAUCCGCUCAACUUUGUCAACCGGAUCUUCAACCCAUACUUUCUCGACGUGCUGCACGCCAAAACCCGCCCGGAUCGGUUGGAUACCGUGCGAGGAAAACUGAAGGUGUUCGACACGGGGCUGACACUCGAAUGUGCGGACUACGAUGGUCCGUUAUUGCCCCGUGACCAUUCGGCCAAGGCCGUGUUUCACGAUGGGCGAAUCAAGCGCAUCGUCAACUACAUCACGACCGAACUGGAGGAGUUAGCCGGAGGACCGGAGUGUAUGACAAAGUUCUCCGUCCUGCAGCAUCUGCCCGUAAACUCGCUGUAUCUGGUCGAUAUCAUAUUCCAUCCGGCGGGUUUGGGAAACGUCUUCUCGAUGAACACGAUGAAGGAGCGCAACAUUAAUGUGGCAGUGCUGGUGCACCUGCCCGAGUGCUUUGAUAGCACCGGGAAGUAUCUGAGUGGCCCGCAGGUCAUGCGAAUACGGCACCUGCGGCGCCUCGGGCUGAAGGUUGUCUCACUACGGUUCGACGCACUCUACCGGCUAAAGAUACACCCGAAGGAACUGCGCCGCUAUCUGGUGGAGCGAAUGAAGUGCGCCCUGGAUGCGUUACCACCUCCCGACGAGAACCGUGACCCGGCCGGCGGGACGCCGUAAGGAUCAUAGGAUGGCGAGAAGGCAUCGUGUGAUAUGAACCUUGUUAGUAAGUCAUAGUCAUUAAAACCACUGUACGGCUGUUCCAAAGAUUAAAUGAACUGAUGACACUACAGUAAGAAAACAAAAACACAAAUACAACAAAUAAUUUACAAAUCGCCACGCCGUCUGGGGUAAAUUGUAGUGUUUUUGAAAAGAGUGCUGAACCGUCGGAUUAGAAAUCGUCAAGUCUGUCGGAGAACGCUGUGCUUCACGUACUUAAUUUGCAAUUUAUUAAAAUAAUUUAAACUUAGUUCUCAGUUAAUACUUACAGUACA